GCAAGGCGCUGGUCGCCAUGGAGACGGCCGGCGUCGGCCUCCUCUGCCCCGCGGGCCCGUUGCUUCAGUCGGCGACUGCGUCACCUCAUCAGCGACCGUCCGUCCGUCCGUGGACAUGCCGGUGAAGCCAAAAAAGAAAGGCCAACCCAAAGAAAAAGUUUCUGAUGUUUUAAAUGUGAAUGUCAUCUUCCCUAAUGAAGACCGAUAUGAUGGAGAAUGCACAAGAAGUGAUGAUGCCGGGCUGGAGAGGAAUGGAUUUGGCGUUCAUACCACACUUAAUGGAAUGACAUAUUCAGGGCAGUGGAACAAUGACAAGAUGAAUGGCACCGGGAAACUGGUGCAUCCGUCCGGUGCAGUCUACGAAGGAGAAUUUAAAGACAACACGUUCCACGGGAUGGGGACCUACACAUGGCCAAAUAAUUCUCAAUAUAUUGGAAGCUUCAAUGAAAACAAUAAUGGGUUUCAUCUGCCUAACUUAUGCACAUCACGCUGUAACAGUCCUGGAAAAGUAUACAAAUGUUCUUUCACCGGCUGUUACUCUGCAGAUUGGAAGGGGAAGGCAAGUUCAUAGAUGCCGAAGGUUAUGAAUGGAUCGGAACUUUUCAUUACAAAGCUGCACCAGGACUGAAGUUAAAACUGGAUAUGUAAUCCACGUCUGCACGGGACCCAUUUCUGAAUCCAUACCAUCGAAUUAUAUUUCUGAGUUUUUUAUAAACAUCACUGAGUGUUUUGGUACAUUUAAAAUAGUGUUGUGCAAAGAUGUCCAUUCAAAUACAUACAACAUGCACAUUUGAUUUAUUCUAAAACAUCUAAUGGGAUAGUUCUGUUUAUUUUAAUAAAGCAUAAUAAUUAGAACUUUCUAAUCAUUUGACCAGGAUUCAACGGGGAGAGGGGGGGGGGGCUAAGUGGAACGUAUGCCAUAACAUGGUGUUGCCCACUUUCCCUCAGACAGGGUUUAGGUGUAUUAUUGCCAAGUGUACCGAGGUACAGUGAAAAGCUUUGUUUUGCAUGCUUUCCAAAGAGAUCAGAUAAUACAUCAAUACAAUCGAGUCAGACGCAAGUUCAACAGAUAGAGCUAAGAGGAAGAUACAGAGUGCAGAAUAUAGACCUCAGCAUUGUAGUGCAUCAGUUCCAGAGACAGUCCAAUGUCCGUUCUGAAGCCUGAUAACAGAGGGAAGAAGCUGUUCUUGGGUCUGGUGAUGCGCACUUUCAAUUUCUGUACCUUCUCAAGUUCAAGUUCACAUUUAUUGUCACAUGCACCAAUUGGUACAGCGAAAUUGUUGGACCAUUGCCAUCUGCCUGACGGAAGCAGGAAAAAGAAGGAAUGACCGGGAUGGGACACGUCUUUGAUUACGUUGGCUGCUUUCCUGAGACAGCGUGAAGUGUAGAUGGUCAAUAAAGGGAUGGAGUCAAUAAGAGUCAAUACGGGGAAUUCUAACCUGUGCGAUGGACUGGGCUACAUCUACAACUCUCUGCAAUAUCUUGCGGACUUGGGCAAAGCUGUUCCCAAACCAAGUUGUGAUGCAAUCCGACAGGAUGCUUUCUAUGGUGCAUCUGUAGAGGUAUGUAAGAGACAUUGGAAGCAUGCCAAAUUUCCUCUAGUACUGCAAGGUUGCACCAUGCUGUGGCAGUCAAAAGUCAAGCGUAGUCACAAAGUGCUGCAGUAAUUCAGCAGGUCAGGCAGCAUCUCUGCAGAACAUGGAUAGGUGACGUUUAGGGUGGAGACCCAUCUUCAGAUCCAAAACGUCACCUAUCCAUGUUCUCCAGAGAUGCUGCUUAACCCACUGAGUUACUCCAGCACUUUGUAUGUUUUUUGUGAACCAGCAUCUACAGUUCCUUAUGUCUCCAAAUGUCAAGAUUAGUUGCCACGUGCAGUGACAACAAAACAAUUAAAUUCAUUCUUGCAGCUGCUUAGCAACCCUGUAAUUAAACACAGUACACAUAGAUAAUAUAUAAUAAACAAAAAAUCCAUAAACAAAAACACACAAUACUAGUGCAAAAAAAAACCUGUGUCCUUAGUGCAACCACAUGGUAAGAUGUAUAAUUCACCAAGAUCUUGAUCAAUGAAGUAACUUAGGCCUCUUAAUGGAGAAGAGCAAAAAGAGAGAGAGGGAGGGAGUUUUGGCUCAAAGAAGUCAAAGGACACAGGGGCCUAAGGUGAAAUGAUGAAAUGCAGAAAAAGUGUAGACUAUCCGGGAUCUCUGCAAUCUUUCCUUACAAUACAUUUCCUCCAUUCCCCGCAUAUCCAUGUGGCUACCCAAAAGCCUCUUAAACUACCGUAUUUGCCUCCACAACCACUGUGGGCAGUGCGUUCCAGGCACGGACCACUAACAUCCAUUGUACACAACAUUUGCACAACCUUGCAUGUUUUCCAGCAAACUGCUUAGGAAGCUGGGAUGGAAAAUUAAAAAAAAAUAUAUUUUUAUUAGAAGCAAACACAUAUUAUGGUAAAAACAUUUCAUGUAUAUCAGUCGUACAUUAUUAAUAUCAGUUGUGGAUUGAUUCUGCCUCUAGUUGUUUCUUUAUAGAUAGGGAGUAAGAGAGAAAGAAAAAAAACAAAAAACAAAUGGCAUGAUAAAAAAAGAAUGGAAUAAUUUACUAAUAAUACAUCAUUGGAGAUAAGUUCGUAAAUGAUAAAGUAUAACUUUUCAUCUAAUCCUGAGUUCAAGCUUCAGUUAGGUUCCUGUGCUGAACCAAUCUACCCCUUCAAAUAGUCAAUGAAUGGAGCCCAUAUUCUGACAAAAAGUUCUUGUUUGUCCAUUAAGACAAGUCUAAUUCUUUCCAAGUGUAGGGUCGCCGACAUUUCCAUGAUCCACAUUUUAAUUGUGGGGGUAAUAGGGGCUUUCCAAAAUUUUAAUAUGAAUGUUUUCCAAGUUAUUAUACUAUAGUCGAGAAAGUUUAUUUGGCUUGUUGUGAGUGUUAGACUUUGUUCUGAUAUUCCUAGUAUUAUUAGUUUUGAGUCGGGAUCCAAUUUGGUAUUGACAACUUCAGAAAUUAUUCUAAAAAUAUCAAUCCAGAAAUGUUUGAUUUUUAUACAAUUUACAAAAGUAUGCCAUUCUUUACAAAAGGAUGGUAAAAUUUUAAUCCUGAAUGUUGUUGUUCCUGCAUCAACAACUUCCUCUGGCAGCUCAUUCCAUAUGUGUGCAAAAGUUGCCCUUAGAUCUCAUGCAGAAGCAGAGAUGAUUAAUUUAACUUGGUACCGUGUUCACAUGGACAUUGUGGGCCUGUUCCUGUGUUGUAUUGUUCAAUGUUCUAUGUUCAAUAAAAAUAAGGAUUAAA